CACGUGGUGGGUGGGGGGGGCGUGCCGGGUCACGUGAGCGGCUCGCCAUGGCGGAGCGCGCCGCGCGGGGAUUCGGAGAGGCGCUCGCGGUGGAGACGCACGGAGAGGCUGCUCAACUGCACCACUCGAUUGACACCAUGCUGACACGCCUCGAGGAGUUUUGCAGCAUGCUGGACAUGAUGCGCAGAGAUUCAUCUCAGGUUGUGUCUACGAGCCUGCCCGAGAUCCUGGAGCAAGCAGCUGCCAUGACCACCAUUUUCCACCGGGUUGAUCAACUGGAGGCAUUUGUGCGACUCGUGGGGAGGGACGUGCAGGCCAUGGAGGACGCUGUCGUUGCGGCCGAGCGGGAGCAAGGCUCCCUCCCGCACUCCAUGACCAAGUUCUUCCGCUCCAUCAGCAUGCCCUCCUUCCUCAGCAAAUCGUCCGGUCCUGAUGAGGCCUCAGCUCCAACUUCCUUGCCCAGCAUCCCUGCUGUGUUCCACACAGAAGACUUCAUCAAGUGCCAGGAGACUGCUUGUUGGCCAGAGGAUCUGGGACUCAACGACAUGCGGGAUUCUAACUGAAAUUUUAGAGAAAUCAGUCAACCACUCUUCCGCAUCUGCACAUAAAAGUUUUUUUUUAUCGACCUCUGGGGUUUUCAAACCAAUAUUUAUCCAGCAGUAUUUCUUUAAACAAGAAAACUCUAAACUGGCUUUAAUUUUUUUGGAUCUUGCCAGUGUGUGAGAAAAAAUAUAUUGCUGGGUCACUAUCGAUUUUUGGCAAGAGCACUUUGACAAAGUAGAGGGGCAGUGACAUGGCCAAUGCAACGGCAGGUUCACCGUUUUUUCAGGGGUUCGUGGUUUUUAUCCGGCAGGCUGCUCCGUGUAUUAAUAAAAUAAGUGCCAUCUGCUUCUAUCACAGUGGGCGUGAAGAGAUCCCGUGACAUCAUUCAAAACGAGUAGAAAUUACCUGUAAAUAACUCAAUUGGCAUUACACGCAGCAAUCAUCGGCCCCUAAUGGCAGACUAAGUGCUGAGUCACCUUGUGAUGCACAGGGACAGCUGUCACUGGGGGUGCCCUUUUAAUGUUGAGAUGAGACGUGGUGUAACGCACUGUGAGAUAGAGGCAUUUUCGUGCCAUAUACUGUACAUGCAAAUAUUAGUAAAGCACGAGCCCCCAGCCAAUGCAAAUAGUAAAAAAAUAACACAUUGAUGAGGGGUUAUGGGGAUUACUGUUGGGCUGACAGAAAACCCUGCUGCUGUUGCCUGGAUGACGGCAUGACCGGGAAUAAACAUUCAAUGAAUACAGAAA